GAUCUCCUCCUCUGUUUAAAUAGACUUGCGGUGUCAAUCAUUUUCUUCUUCGUCAGCCUCCCUUCCACCGCCAUAUUGGGCAACUAAAAAAAGGGGGCUCGUCUUUUCGGGGUGUUUUUCUCCCCCUCCCCUGUCCCCAGAGCCUCGCCGCUCCGCGACUCCGACGCCGCCAAGGUUUGGAGAGCCGCUCGGUUGGCGGGACCCGCGGGCUCGCAGCAGCCCGGGACCUGGACUGGCUUUGCCACCCCCCUCCUCUCUCCUCUCCCCUCCCCUCCCCGCCCUCCCGCUCGCCGGUACACUUGAUCGGCGGCGGCUCUCGGCUGCCUGGCCGGGGCUUCCCCUCACCCCUCCCCCAGAGCCAGCGCGCCCCUGACGCUCGGGCAGUUACUUGUCCGUGUUUGUUUCUCUUGGCUCGGAGCGCAGUCGCAGGGCUUAUAAGAGGGGUUCGGGCUGGGUCGGGGCGUUUUGUUUUGUUCAGUUUUGUUUUCGGAGAGCGCGCGCGAGGCGGUCGUAGAGACCCGGGAGGAAGAUGUCAAACGUGCGAGUGUCUAACGGGAGCCCGAGCCUGGAGCGGAUGGACGCCAGACAGGCGGAGUACCCCAAGCCCUCCGCCUGCAGGAACCUCUUCGGCCCGGUCAACCACGAAGAGUUGACCCGGGACUUGGAGAAGCACUGCAGAGACAUGGAAGAGGCAAGCCAGCGCAAGUGGAAUUUUGAUUUCCAGAAUCACAAGCCCCUGGAGGGCAAAUACGAGUGGCAAGAGGUGGAAAAGGGCAGCUUGCCCGAGUUCUACUACAGACCCCCGCGGCCACCCAAAGGCGCCUGCAAGGUGCCGGCGCAGGAGAGCCAGGAUGUCAGCGGGAACCGCCAGGCGGUGCCUUUAAUUGGGUCUCAGGCAAACACAGAGGACACACAUUUGGUAGACCAAAAGACUGAUACAUCGGACAACCAGACGGGGUUAGCGGAGCAGUGCCCUGGGAUAAGGAAGCGACCUGCUACAGAUGAUUCCUCUCCUCAAAACAAAAGAGCCAACAGAACAGAAGAAAAUGUCUCAGACGGUUCCCCGAACGCGGGUUCAGUGGAGCAGACGCCCAAGAAGCCUGGCCUGAGAAGACGUCAAACGUAAACUCAUCGAAUUAAGAGCACGUUUCCUUGUUUAUCAGAUACAUCACUGCUUGGUGAAGCAAGGAAGAUAUAUAUUAAAAAUUUUAAAUACAUAUCGCUGACUCCAUGGAGUGGACAUCCUGUAUAAGCACUGAAAAGCAACAACACAAUAACACUAAAAUUUUAGGCACUCUUAAAUGAUCUGCCUCUAAAAGCAUUGGAUGUAGCAUUGUGCAAUUAGGUUUUUCCUUAUUUGCUUCAUUGUACUACCUGUGUAUAUAGUUUUUACCUUUUAUGUAGCACAUAAACUUUGGGGGGAGGGACGGCAGGGUGGGGCUGAGGAAUUGGCGUGGGGGGGGGGUUUCUGAAGAGCUUGCUUCCAUUUAGAGCAAGGAGAAAAAUAUUUGACUUGCAUGAAGAGAAGCAGUUUUGGGGAAGGGUUUGAAUUGUUUUCUUUAAAGAUGUAAUGUCUCUUUCAGUGAAAACUGAUAAUUCAUUUUUAAAAAAUCAUCCAAAUUUGAACACUGGUUGCAAAUAAUUGCUAAUUUUUUUGUACAUGAAGCUUUUUCUCAUUUGGGAGCUCUGAUGAUUCCGUUAUGUAGUGGCAAAUGGCUUUUUUUUUUUUUUUUAAACAAAAAACUAUCCUCUUAUUCCCCCCGCCCCCCCCCCCCCUUCAGUUUCUCUUAAAAUUGGAAUUUACCAUUUAAUUAUUCAGCAGUUAGGUAAUCCUUUCAGGUAAUUCUGGGCAAAUAUCUGGGGUGUAUGGGGGGAGUUCUAAAUGCUCAGAUUUAACCGUCUAAUUUUUAUCAGGUUUGCUGAGAAGAUUUCUUAAUUUUCUUUGGACUUUGAGCUGUGUAGACACAGUCAAAAUAAUUCUAAUACCUUGGAUAUUUUUUAAACAUCUUCCAGUAACUUCACAUAAAAAUAAUGAAAUCAUUUUAAUUUAAAGGUUCUCAUUUUAUUUGUUAAUUUGCCCCAAGGAAAUGGUGUUUUUAAAGGAAAGUGCAUAUAGAGAAAAGCAUACGUGGAAUUACUGAAAUGGGUACUACAUCUUUAAACAGUAUUUUUACAUUGCCUGUGUAUGUGUAUGAAACAAAACCAUUUGAAGUGUACCUGUGUACAUAACUCUGUAAAGACACUGAAAGAUUAUACUAACUUAUUUAUGUUAAAAAGAGAUUUUUUUUUUUUUUUUAAUCUAGACCAUAUACAAGCCAAAGUGGCAUGUUUUGUGCAUUUGUAAAUGCUGUAUUGGGUAGAAUAGAUUUUUUCCCCUUCUUCUGUUAAAUAAUAUGGCUAUGCUUAAAAGGUUGCAUACUGAGCCAAGUAUAAUUUUUUGUAAUGUGUGAAAAAGAUGCCAAUUAUUGUUACACAUCAAGCAAUCAAUAAAGAAAACUUCCAUAGCUAUCGA